AUGCCCAACUACGACGCAGCUUUUGAAGAGCUCAUCGGAGGAUAUCGAAAGAACCGCCGUCUCCUCACGAUCAACAACAUCUCGUUCGAAGCUACUCGGGCUGAAUUCGAGGCCGCUGCUCGCGAAAAGUGUCACAACCCCGACACCUUGACCUUUUUUUGGCCUCCAACCGAGGCCAAAUACAGCAACCCAAGACACCAGGGUUGCGUGCACCUAGGGCUCAAAACUCGUGUUGAUGCCACCCAGGUCUUGUCUGAAUUCGAGGAUUAG